AAUGCAAACGAGAUCAGUUAGAGCUGCUGUUCACGUUCUCUCUGGGCCACUCUCUGCCAGGCUGUAAAACUGAAACUGUAUUUGCAUCCAUGAACCAAAGGGAAUCUUCACGUUUUGAGCCGUGAGACGUCGAACCCAUGACAAUGAGCUUCUUUGAAAAGCUGAAAAACCUACAUAGUGGACCUCAACAUCCACCCAGAAGAGAAGACAACAAUGCAGGGUUUGAGUGGCCACAAGAGGAGUUUGACGAUGAGGAGGGUGACAUGUAUGAAGCGCCUCCUUGUGAGCGUCCGGCUGUGAAAGUCCCUCACAGACAAGAGCAGGAGGAGGAGGAUGUUUAUCUGGACACGACAUCUGGUCCUGCUGUUCCACUGAGGAACGCUGCUCCUUCACCCAGGCCGGGGAAACCCAUGAAUCCUCUGCAACGUGCUGAGGUUUUCAGCUACGAAUCCAACACCAAGAAUCCACCUGUGAUUGACAGAAAAGAGAAGCCUGGUAGAAACAAGAUGAUGCCUCCUCCUCCACCACCUGCAUCAAACACUGAGGAAGAUGUGUAUCUGGAUCCAAAUGAAGAACAAGAAGAUAAUGAUGAUUUGUAUUUAGAACCAGAAGCGGCUUGUUCCCCUGCUCCACGCGGGCCGAUGAGGAUGUCGCCUUCUCCCAAGUCAACAUUUGUACCGUCUCCCUUACCCAUGAUGAAGCCUCCUGUUCCCAGAGCAAAGUCUAAUUCAUUCUUGCCUUCUUCCAAUGAGGUGAAAACAGCUCCAUCAGUUGAAGCGAGACGAACCACGUUUCCGACCAAACUCCCUCCACCAACUCCCAGUGUUAAACCCCCUCUUCUGGUAAACCUGAAGGAAGCAAAACCCAACCUUCUUAUGACAACAACCAAGCCUGCGGCCCCAUUUUAUGGAAUGAGAGCAACCAAACAAUCUGAGAGUGAGAACAAAGAAUGGUUUGCUGGAGACUGCACCAGAAAGACGGCUGAGGAGCACUUACUGAGUGUCAACAAGGAUGGUGCAUUCCUAAUCCGGCACAGCUCGGCCCAGAACACCCGCCAAGCAUUCACCCUUGCUGUGCUUUACCAGCAGAAGGUGUACAACAUUCCCAUCCGCUUCCUGGAGGAGGCACGAGGAUACGCCCUCGGAAAAGAGGGCAAAAAGAACGAAGAGACAUUCACCACUCUGGAAGCGAUGAUUUCUCACCACAGAAAUAACCAACUGCUUCUGAUUGACAGCAAGAGUCAGGCCAAGCAUACUGCAUAUUUAAGCCACCCUACAUGCCCUUAAACUACUACAGCCAUAAGGAAAUACUUAGAGUUUACUUCUGCAGCACAUUUAAUACAACCUCAGUUAACCUAAACAAUACAAAUACUAUACAGAAAUCCUUGAAACAUAAAUCGAAUAUGAGCUAAAAUAAAUAAUAGGAUCAAUAGCCAUAACCAUAAAAUACACUAUAAUAAUAAUUAUUACCAUGCUCAAGGUCACCUUACAGGUUAAACAACAGCAUGGAGAGCAUAUGGGGAUGCACGAUAUUAUCGGUAGUAUUUUGCUGACUUUUAAAGACGCACACACGCAAGCAUGCACAUGUAUAACAAACCACAUCACACAUGCUCCCCAAUUCUUCACUUUAUUACAAGCACUA